UCUACUUCCGUUGAACUACGCAUCUUUAAAUCGAGCCAACAACUCGUGCAGUGAGAACCCCAAGAUUUUCUUCAGCGUUUGAGAUACAACUAAACAACCGUAAACAUGAAGUUCUUCGUAAUACUGCUUCUAGCAGUUGCAGGAAGAAAUCAAAGAAGCCUUGAAAAAGGUGUGCAGCUUGUUGCCGUCAACUAUCAGUGCUGAGUGCACGGAAUUCAUCGACCAAUACGCAGACUUGGUCCUUAAGUAUCUGUCACAGGGACUCAAUCCUCAGAUGGUGUGCACAGAGCUCGGGCUGUGCAAAGGCUUAAACCUUAUCCAAGAUGUCUUACCUAAUACAAAUGACGUUGUUGUGAUAAAUGAAGUUGGAAGUACGACUUCUUGUGAGCUUUGUAAAACAGUUGCUCAGGAGCUUGAGAGUCUCAUUACCCAAAACUCCACUCAGCAAGAGAUUGAACAGGCCUUAGAGCAAGUCUGUAGCCUCUUGCCAGCAGAAUUAAAGAAAGAGUGUAACCAGUUCGUUGAACAGUACCUACCAGAAAUCCUAAACCUUUUGRCCUUGGAAAUCACACCCGACAUGCUUUGCAAGGAACUUGGUCUGUGCCCGUCCUUGUUAAAGGCAACAGCCGUUGAAGUGAUGGAAGUAACAGCUCCAAAAGAUGCCAAUCUGACUUGUGAUUUCUGUCGCAAGAUUAUUGGAUUAGCAAAAGAACUGGCAUCUAAGAAYRACACAGAGCAAGAUGUGGAAAAGUUGUUGGACCUUGUUUGUUACUACAUGUUACCAAUCAUCAAAGAGUGCAAGGACUUCAUUCAUAACACCAUCCCAGAGAUUUUURACGAACUCAAGAAAAUGGACCCAGAUGCCAUUUGUAAGCAACUCAAGCUGUGUCCUGAAUUGAGCGGCAUGAACARUGAAGUCAGAGGCUUCAUGACGGACUUCAAUCGCGAUGUACAACCUUGAUUUGGUCGGCGAUGUGAGUAG